AACAAAAUGGAUGCAGUCACUUUUUAAAGUACAGGAACUUGCUGGCGCACGAGUCCUUGCUGUUGGGCUGGGUCGGAAUGUAGGUGUUCAAAUCCUGGACACUGAAGUACGUCCAGACCUCGCUGAGCUCGCUGACCCCUUGGACCCAGUUGAGGCACCCAUGAUGAUGUCAAGCGAAGCAACAAGAAUGGUGCAGGCGAGGAAAGUGAUCGAGGCGAAGCGCAUGGUAG